ACUCUCUAUCUCCCCGCUUGUCACUCUAGGGUUUCAACUCGUGUUCAGCUAACCGAAGCCGCCGCCGCCGUCGAUUCACUCCGCCGGGCUCCGAACAACAGCCGCUACCAUGGGUCGUAUGCACAGCCGAGGAAAGGGUAUUUCAGCAUCAGCACUUCCGUACAAGAGGACUCCGCCGAGUUGGCUCAAGAUCUCUUCUCCAGAUGUCGAAGAAAACAUCUGUAAGUUUGCAAAAAAGGGUUUGACACCUUCCCAAAUUGGUGUUAUUCUUCGUGAUUCUCAUGGUAUUGCCCAAGUGAAGAGUGUCACUGGCAGCAAGAUUUUAAGGAUUCUCAAGGCACAUGGACUUGCCCCUGAGAUUCCGGAGGAUCUUUAUCACCUCAUUAAGAAAGCUGUUGCCAUCCGGAAGCAUCUGGAGAGGAACAGAAAGGACAAGGACUCCAAGUUUAGGCUAAUUCUCGUUGAGAGCAGAAUCCACAGACUUGCUCGAUACUACAAGAAAACCAAGAAGCUUCCACCUGUCUGGAAAUAUGAAUCUACCACCGCCAGCACCCUCGUGGCGUAAGGAGUAUGUAUUGCAGAAAAUCGGAUAUUUGAUUCUGAGUAAUAUUUCGAUGAAGGAGACGUUUUUUUUAGUAUUUUAGAUACUUUUGCUUCCUUAAUUGUUGCCAUUGUCCUAUUUCUUAUUAUCUGACUAGUUUAAUCGAAGUUUUGACAGUCGAUUUUGAUUGUUAAUCACCUUGCAUGAAAUCUAUAAACAUCUUAUUUUGAAUUUUGACCGGUUA